GCGUUGACACGCAUUCUUGAAAUGGGUAUAUGCCAAAUCUAGAAGCGCAAACCGCGCCGCCCUGUUCUCCCUUAUUUUUUUUUAAGAUGCCAAUUUUGAUUUCAUCUCAGGAAGUUUGGAUGUUGUUUGCCGAUUGUUGAAUAUUGUAUAUAAAUUGAAAUGGAUAGAAAUGCAAAUGUUCGUAUCAUAGGAGAAAAAUGUCUGCCCAGUGUGCAGUUUGAUGGCGAAGAAUCGAUUUUCAGUUCGAAUCUCUUCUUGGACCACGUUGGGGAAGUCGUUCUCACUCUUAAUUCAGCUGGGUUAUCUUGGAAAUUAGCUGAAUCCUCAGAUAGUGCUCCUUCCAUUUGUCUGGGCAUUAAACUUGUUCCAGAAAGUGAGACUCAGAUCAAAUUCUCUAAUGUAUAUGCCAUUGAGUUCAUAAACUGGGGUUUGAUUCAUGAAUCACUUCUUCAAAAUGCCACAAACCGUCUUUUGGGCCAGGAAUCGGAGAUGUAUCGCUUUACCGUGCAUGGUGUCCAAAAGUCAGAGACUCAACCUUCUCUUUGGGUUUUGGCUGUGUACACUUUUGGUCAUAAGGACUUGGAGACAUGUCAGAUGUGGGUGAACCGAAUUAAUGCUUCUUUAAAUGUGGAAUCUGGGAGACCUAAGAGUCUUUUGGUUUUUGUUCAUCCAAUGAGUGGGAAAGGGAAUGGCUGUAGAACCUGGGAAGCUGUGGCUCCUAUAUUUUCUUGUGCUAAAGUGAAAACAAAGGUGAUAGUGACGCAGAGGGCAGGACAUGCAUUUGAUGUGAUGGCAUCUAUUAAAAACAGGGAGAUUGGUUCAUAUGAUGGCGUUGUUGCUGUUGGUGGCGAUGGUUUCUUCAAUGAGAUACUGAAUGGACUUCUCUCUUCGAGGCAUAAAUCUUGUUACCCACCCUCCCCUGCAGAUUUUGUUCAUUCUGUUAGGGAUGAUGACAGUGCCAUGGUUUAUCAUCCAAAUGAAACAGUUACUGAGGCUUCUAGUCAAAAUGAAGAUCAUUCUCCUCUUCUCCCAAGUUCAGGGCAUAAUGGAUCACUCUCUAAUUUCGGAACAGGCAAUGGUUCUUGCAACAAGGAUCAAGAUCCCGAGUUUCCCCUUCCUAAUGAACGGUUUAGAUUUGGAAUUAUUCCUGCUGGCUCAACUGAUGCAAUUGUGAUGUGCACCACUGGUACUCGGGAUCCAAUAACAUCUGCAUUGCAAAUUGUCCUUGGGAAAAAGGUGCAUCUUGAUAUAGCUCAAAUCGUCAGUUGGAAGAAGACAUCAACAUCAAAGGACGAACCUUGCAUACGCUAUGCAGCUUCUUUUGCUGGAUAUGGAUUUUAUGGAGAUGUCAUUACAGAGAGUGAAAAAUACCGGUGGAUGGGCCCCAAACGUUAUGACUAUGCUGGAACAAAGGUGUUUUUGAGGCACAGAUCAUAUGAGGCAGAAGUACAAUACAUAGAAGUUAAAUCAGAAAAGACAAAUCCAACUCCUGAUAAAGGUCCUUUGGUCAGUACAAAACAAGCAUUGUGGAGCCGGUCCAAAAAAUCUGAAAGAGUUGUUUGCCGUGUUAAUUGCAACAUUUGUGACACAAAGCCAAUGCAUGCAUCUACAAGAUCUUCAGCAAUAACACCAUACUCACAUGCUGGAGAAUCAAGAUGGUUAAGAUCAAAGGGUCGUUUCCUUAGUAUUGGUGCUGCCAUAAUUUCUUGCCGAAAUGAAAGGGCACCUGAUGGUUUGGUUGCUGAUGCACAUCUUUCAGAUGGUUUCCUGCAUCUCAUAUUGAUUAGAGACUGCCCUCAUGCACUUUACUUAUGGCACCUUACCCAGCUUGCAAGGAAGGGUGGAAAUCCUCUGAAUUUUGAUUUUGUGGAACACCAUAAGACCCCAGUUUUCACUUUUACUUCUUCUGGCCGUGAGAGCGUCUGGAACUUGGAUGGUGAGAUCUUUCAAGCUCACAAACUCUCUGCACAAGUAUUUCGAGGCCUUGUUAGCUUAUUUGCAUCGGGUCCUGAAGUUUAGCAAAAGACCUUUACCAGAAAUCCCUCUCUUCUUAAAAUGUAUAUCGAAGAACCAACUCAGCAAUGGAGUACUCGAACCAACCUCAGUAUCAUGUUGGCUUCUUGUGAAAAAAAUUUGUAUAUUCCUAUCUACAACAGUCUGUAAUUGUCAAGUCAAUGAAGAGGUCAAAUGAUUCAUUACUGAAUCAA